UUAUUAAACAAGAAAACCUCCAAAAGGGAAAGGGAUUAUCCAUUACAAAACCCACCCUAAAAUGGUGGGAACAAAAACUACCUCCUCAAGAUUCACCAUGCCUUCUGGCUCUGGCAGCGAAGAGAAGCAAUCGGCUCUGUGAUUCCAUUCCAGUGUAUGUUCAUGAUUCCUCCUACCAAUUUUCAUCUUCUUCAAACAAAAUCCAAGAGAAUGCACUGAGUUUCAUACCCCAAUCUCUGCUUAUCAAUCGAUCCAAUAACUCCCAAGUUUUAGAAUUCUGAGAUCGACCCAGAAUUUUGAUUUUGAUUUCGAUUCUAGAUGCUCAAAAGGAGGCUGAUGUUGGGAGCGAUUACUGCGAAGAUCGCCUUCUAAGCUUCAUACAACUUAAGAAGUAGGUUUUUGUAUCUUGUUUCCAUGGCGACUCUGCUCAAUACAGUGUCUCCAAUAGCAAACCCGUCACCAGAAACUUCAAGAAGAGGGUGUGGGUUCUUCUCCCACAUCCCAAAUCUCCACAAACUUUCACUCAACAAGGGAUUUUCCAAAGUUUUAGCAUCUACCCACAUCACCAUUUCCCCAAAGGACACCAUUUUCACACUGCCAAAUUGGAGGACUGGGAAGGUUGAUCAGAAGAGCAGAGACCUCAGGCUCAAUGAUGCAUUUCUCCACUUAGAGUUCAUGGUGAGGAAGGGCCAAAAGCCAGAUGUGUUUCAAGCCACUCAGCUGUUGUAUGAUCUGUGCAAGGCAAGCAAGAUGAGGAAAGCCAUUAAGGUGAUGGAGAUGAUGAUUGGGUCUGGAAUCAUUCCUGAUGCAUCUUCCUAUACUUUUUUGGUAAGUUGUUUGUGUAAAAGAGGGAAUGUUGGGUAUGCAAUGCAAUUAGUGGACAAAAUGGAGGAAUAUGGUUAUCCUACAAACACUGUUACUUAUAAUUCACUUGUGAGAGGGCUGUGUAUGCAUGGAAAUUUGAGCCAGAGUUUGCAGCUUUUAGACAGGUUAAUCCACAAGGGGCUGGUCCCAAAUGCUUACACUUACUCUUUUUUGCUUGAAGCAGCUUACAAGGAAAGAGGAGCUGAUGAAGCCAUUAAGCUUUUGGAUGAGAUAAUUGCCAAGGGUGGGAAGCCUAAUUUGGUUAGCUACAAUGUUUUGUUAACUGGGUUGUGUAAAGAAGGCAGGACAGAAGAUGCCAUUCAGUUGUUUAGAGAAUUGCCUUCAAAGGGAUUUAGUCCAAAUGUUGUUAGUUGCAAUAUUUUGCUGAGGAGUCUGUGCUAUGAAGGAAGGUGGGAGGAGGCAAAUGAGCUUUUAGCUGAAAUGGACGGUGACGAUCGCGCCCCUUCGAUCGUCACAUACAAUAUAUUGAUUGGUUCGCUUACACUCCAUGGCAGAACAGAACAUGCGCUUGAGGUUUUGGAAGAGAUGAUUAGAGCGCGGUUCAAGCCCACGGCUUCUAGUUACAACCCGAUAAUUGCUCGCCUUUGCAAAGAUCGAAAGGUAGAUCUUGUUGUGAAGUGUUUGGACCAAAUGAUGUAUCGACAUUGCAAUCCGAAUGAAGGAACUUACAAUGCCAUUGCUACGCUUUGUGAAGAGGGAAUGGUUCAAGAGGCAUUCUCCAUCAUACAAAGUUUGGGCAAUAGACAACAAUCCUCUACUCAAGAAUUUUAUAAAAUGGUUGUUACCAGCUUGUGUCGAAAAGGGAACACAUAUCCAGCAUUCCAGCUUCUCUAUGAAAUGACGAAGUACGGGUUUACUCCCGACUCUUUUACGUAUUCAUCUUUGAUCCGGGGAUUAUGCAUGGAGGGAAUGCUGGAUGAGGCAAUUGAAAUAUUCAGUGUAAUGGAAGAGAAUUGCUACAAGCCUGAUACUGAAAAUUACAAUGCGCUUAUUCUUGGUUGUUGUAAAUCUCAAAGAACCGAUUUGGCAUUGGAGGUUUUUGAAGUAAUGGUCGAUAAAGGAUAUCUGCCUAACGAAACAACGUACACCAUUCUCGUGGAAGGGAUCAUCCACGAGAAGGAGAUAGAUCUAGCUGCCAAAGUACUGAAGGAGUUGCAACUCAGAGAUGUUAUAAGCCAAAGCACAGUGGAUAGACUUGUUAUGCAGUAUGACCUAAAUGAUUUACCAUUGUGAUAGUUUCAAUCAGAUGACUUGCUACGGCAACAGCAAACUCACAUCAAGAAGACAGCAUUUUCUGUUAUGAUUACAAAAGAAAAAAAUUCCACACUCAUAUUUCACAUUUGAGCUUUAUUAUUUUGUCUUCGAACUGGAAGCCUGUGAAUCUGUACAAGAUUGACACAUUUUCUUGAGUUUUGCAUAAUCUACAUCACAUGUUUGGUUCACAAGGC